CCGCGAUCUGCUGGGUCCUCCCGCAGUGUCCCGGAGCCUUCCAGUCCCACGUUAGAAUCCGGAGCCUAUCCUCCUGCCAGGAGGCCCGAGCCCUGCUCGCUCAGAGACGCGCGCGCCGUGGGGAGCCCGGAAGGCCUGCCGCGACUUGCGUCCACUGCCCCCAGGAUCAUGUGGUACAUCAGCACCCGGGGGCUGGCCCCACGGGUUGACUUUGAAGGAGCCCUCUUCUCUGGCUAUGCGCCUGAUGGUGGCCUCUACGUGCCCGAGGAGCUCCCACAGCUGGAUGGAGAGACCCUGCGGCAGUGGCGCUCACUCUCCUAUCCUGGCCUGGUGAAGGAGCUGUGCUCGCUCUUCAUUGGUCCUGAGCUCAUUCCAAGGGACGACUUGAAUGGUCUGAUCGACCGUGCCUUCAGCAGAUUCCGCCACAAGGACGUGGUCCACCUGUGCAGGCUGGUGCAGGGGCUGAAUGUCCUGGAACUCUGGCAUGGGGUCACACGUGCCUUCAAGGACCUGUCCCUGAGCUGCACAGCGCAGUUCCUGCAGUACUUCCUGGAGAAGAGGGAGAAGCACAUCACCGUGGUUGUAGGCACAUCUGGGGACACUGGGAGUGCUGCCAUUGAGAGUGUUCUAGAGGCUAAGAAUGUGGACAUCAUCGUUCUGCUGCCCAAAGGCCAUUGCUCGAGGAUUCAGGAGCUCCAGAUGACAACGGUGCUGAGGGAGAACGUCCAUGUGUUUGAAGUGGAAGGGAACAGUGACCAGCUGGACGUGCCCAUCAAGGCCGUGUUUGCCGACCUGCCUUUUGUGGAGAAGCACAACCUGAUGAGCCUGAAUUCUGUCAACUGGUCACGGGUCCUUGUGCAGAUGGCCCACUACUUCUUCGCCUACUUCCGCUGUGCGCCCUCCUUGGAUGGGUGUCCCCUGCCCACCGUGGAGGUGGUGGUACCAACAGGGGCUGCUGGGAACCUUGCAGCUGGGUGCACUGCUCAGAAGAUGGGCCUGCCCAUCCGCCUGGUGGCCAUGGUGAACCACAAUGACAUCAUCCACAGGGCCAUCCGGCAGGGGGACUUUUCUCUGUCUGAGGCCGUCAGACCGUCCUUGGCAUCUGCAAUGGACAUUCAGAUGCCCUACAACAUGGAGAGGAUCUUCUGGCUGCUCUCCGGCUCCAACAGCCAGGUGACAAGAGCCCUCAUGGAGCAGUUUGAGAGGACCCAAAGUGUGCAGCUACCUAAGGAACUGCAUGGCAAGCUCUCUGAGGCAGUGACGUCGCAAUCGGUGUCCGAUGAGGCCAUUACCAGGGCCAUGGGCCGCUGCUGGGAGGAGAACCGGUACCUGCUGUGCCCUCACUCGGCCGUGGCCGUGAGCUACCAUUACCAGCAGUUGGACAGGCAGCAGCCCAGCACUCCCAGGUGCUGCCUCGCCCCUGCCUCUGCAGCCAAGUUCCCCGAGGCCGUCUUGGCUGCCGGGCUGACCCCGGAGACCCCAGCGGAUAUCCUGGCUCUAGAGAACAAGGAGACGCGAUGCACCCCCAUGCAGAGGGAGGACGACUGGACCUUGAUGCUUCGGGAUGCGGUCGAGCACCUGAGCCAGCGGUGGAGGGGUGCCUCCCCGAGUGCUUCUGCUUAGCCCGCUAGAGUGGCCUCCUCUGGGCCUUGGACCCCAGAGUGCUCCCUAGAGCCACCCUGACACCCUCCUUCUCCUAAAGAGCUAGGGCAGGAGACUCUCUGGACGCUGCUCAGUGGGUCUGGCACCUGCAGUAUAGAGGGUCGAGGUGGGGACCCCAGGGGCCAGUGGCAAGCCUCGGUAGCACGGUGUGCAGACCCAGCAGAGCAGCCUGUUGCUUGCACCUCGGGGCCAGGGCAGAGCUGCCUGUGUCCCUGGGUUCAGAUCCUGUGGCACUGGGAGAAGCUUUAGGCAAACCUGCAUCCUGCACUCUCAGAGUCAGCCUCCUGCCCUGCGUACCAAGAGUCCAGGGAAGACAGGCACAGGGUCAACUGCUGCCAGAAGACACUGGUCCCACCCUCAGGGCUGCUGUGACCUGACCCAGUGGGCACCUGGCAUUCCAUCAGAACACAGCAUCUCCAUGGUGCUCCAGGACUGAGGGUGUGAGGGCACCAGCUGCUGGCACAAUGGACACGGAGGCCUGGCUUUGGGAGCCCCAGGGAAGGACCAGAGGGCGGGAGGAGACUCCUGUAGAGUGAUGGGCUUCAAAGCCCACAACGGGACAGUUUCCAGGACUCCAGUCCCAUAGUGGCUCUCUUCCCUUUAGGCCCAACAGGCCCUGGCCGAGGGAGUGCCCCACUGUUCCAGGCCCCUGUCUUUGUUUUUGUUUUAAAUCAAAAGAGAGCAAUGUGGCCAGGCUGGUGGCACACACCUGUAAUCCCAGCGGCUGGGGAGGCUGAGGCAGGAGGAUCGAGAGUUCCAAGCCAGCCUCAGCUACAGCGAGGAACUGAGCAACUCAGUGAGACCCUGUCUCUAAAUAAAAUGCACAAUAGGGCUGGGAUGUGGCUCAGUGGUCGAGCGCCCCUGAGGUCAAUCCUUGGUACCCCCCUGAACAAAAGAGCAAUGGUUAUUUUUAUCCUUCACCAACCCAGUUGUGUAAUAGAACUUUAUUUUAUUAUUUUUUAAUGUAAUAGAAUUUUAAAUGUUUUUGUAGAGGGAGAAAUUCCCCUGGUGGCCCCAAGAGCCCCAGCUACGUGCCAUUUGACAGUUUGCAAAAAUUGGCUCAUGUAAUCCAAUGAUGACCUGUGUAGUGGGUGCUACUGUUUCCCCACCUUACAGAGGAGGAAACCCAGGCUCUGAGGGGCGAUGGCCCGCAGGUGGCACCGUGAGGGAGCAGGGGCUGGCCUGGAGCUUGGUUCUGUGGCUUUGAGCUUGUGCAGUUUUCAUCCCAGAGCCUCCUGGACAGUGCACGCGUUCUUGUGGGGCUCCCUCUGUCCUUCCCCGUGUGUCCCCUCCGGGGUCCUCCUCCCCGCUCCCCUGUGGGUGCUUACGGGCCCUACCCUCAGCCUCACUUCCGUCUCUACCACUUGCUGGCUGUUUGGUCUUGGACAAGUUACCCAACCUCUCUGAGCCCCCUCUCCUUGUUUGUAAAGUGAAGGAAUCAAAGUCUGGAAAGUGCUUUACGAAGGGCUCAGCCCCUGGUCAGUGGCGAAUGGCCCAAGAGAGGGAACCCUCCCUUCAUCGGUGUCACUGCAGGUCACCAAGGCUGGUGGCCCGGCUAGCGGGACCACUACUGGCCCAACUGUGGCUCUCAGUCCCCAGAUAACCCCAGCAGAGCCCGUGGCUGGACCAGGUCCACCUCCAACCUGCGCCCAGAACAGCUGGGCACCGUUAGACCCCUACAGAGCUGCAGACCCAGGGAAGGCUGCCUCCAGGCAAGAAGACCCCUUCAGAAGGCAGUUGGUAAAAGACACAGGUGGCUUAAAAGUGCUGGAUCCUGCUUAUGGUAAGAGGUGCGGCAGCCUCAGAGUUGACCUUACUCUGGGAGUGCGGAGUGCUUCACCUUGCCUGAUCCUCAGGGCAGACCUGUGGUGACCGCCAGGAGAGGAGCCUGAGGCUCACGGAGGUGAAGGGUUUGUGACCUCCCAGCCAGCCAGUGGGUGCCGCAGCAGGACGCAGCCUUGCUCCAGCUUCACUUGGCAUGAGGGGCUUGCUUUCAUUGAAGUGUGUGUGUGUAGAUGUGCCUGGUGUGUGUGCAUGUGUGUGCAUCAUGUGUGCUGAUGUGCGUGGUGCGUGUGCAUGUGUGUGCCUGGUGUGUGUGUGAUGUGCCUGGUGUAUGUGCGUGUGCAUGCAUGGCAUGUGUAUGCAUAUGUGUAUGGUGUGCAUGUGUGCCUGGUGUGUGUGCUUGCGUGUGCAUCAUGUGUGCUAAUGUGCAUGGUGCGUGUGCAUGUGUGCAUGUAUGUGCCUGGUGUGUGUGUGAUGUGCCUAGUGUAUGUACAUGAUGUGUGUGUGUAGAUGUGCCUGGUGUGUGCAUGUGUGUGUCUGGUGUGUGUGGUGUGUGUGCAUGUGCAUGGCAUGUGUGUAGAUGUGCCUGGUGUGUGCGUGCAUGUGGCGUGUGUGUGGAUGUGCAUGCACACAUACCUGUCGGCUCAGGCUGACAUGUCACACUGACUGCUCAGGGACAGCCAUCUCCUCAGCUCUGCAGGGUGGACGUGCAGGGCUCCGCAGGGCUGGCUUCAUUCCAGGGUCCCUCUGGCCCACAGAUGGCACCUGCUCCCUCAGCCUGCACUUGAUCUUCCCUGCGUCUGGGUCUGCACUUCCACUUUUUGUAUGGACUCCGGUCCUGUUGGACCAGGGACUACCCUACAGACGUCCACCGGUGCUGGGCAGCUGGGGAGAGGCAAGGCAGGAGGAGGCCUAGCAGCUGCAGGAUAGGCCAGAGCUGUCCAGGGCAGAAGACAGGCUCCCGGUACAGGUGCUAGGUCCUUGCAGCCCCUCUUCCUCCACUCCAGCACUGGCCAGCUCUUGCUGCGAUGGGCUUGGGGUCUCCUGCCCUACCUAAGCACUCCCCAGGGGCCUGCAGAGCACCCCAUAUGCCCAGGACCUGACCCCCAAAUGUGGCCUCCCCUGAAAGCCUUCAUGGGAGCAGAUCCAGGAGGAGCUGCCGGGCGGCAGGGCGGGUGCCGGGCUGCUGCUCCAGCGGCCUCCUGGGCUCCACCCUGCUUUUUUAUCCGCAGUAGGUUGGUCAAUGCAGAGGCCUGUUGGACACCAGCAGGUGGAGUAAGCCUGUCCCUGUGCAUCUCUGCUGCGAGGAGCACUCUUUCCUUUGGGCAGCUGCUCUGGAGACCAGGCCAGGGCCUGGAACAGGUGCCAAGUGGAAAACUUGGCAGGGCUCCGUCUUCAGAGCCACCAUGAAACCUCUGGAGACUCCCCUGGGCUUGGCCCCUGGGGAAGGUCACCACUCACAUGGGGAGGGUUGCCACCCACCUGGGGAAGGACCCCACCCACCUGGGGAAGGUUGUCUCCCACCUGGGAAAGGUCGCCACUCACAUGGGGAGGGUCGCCACCCACCUGGGGAAGGUAUCUUCCACUUGUAGAGGGUCACCUCCCAUCGUGGAGGGUCUUCAUGACCCACGUCUCCCACCUGGGGAGGGUCACCAGUCAAUGGGGAGGGUCGCCACUCACAUGGGGAGGGUCUCUCUGUACCUAGGGAAGGUCGCCUCCCACCUGGGGAAGAUCGUCUCCCACCUGGGGAGGGUCGCCAAUCACAUGGAGAGGGGGUCACUUCCCACCUGGGGAGGGUCCCCUCCCCUCAUCUGGCUUGGAUCACUUCUGUCCCUCACUGCUUGCCCAUAGGCAGGGACAGCGCUUGCUUGCAAAUGAAUUUAGGGCAUAAGAGUUCAGAGGGGUUGGGGCCCAGCUCUGGGCAGAGCUUCUGCAAACAAAGGUCACUGCGAGGUGCCACCUGCUCCCCUGGACAAACAUCCCCCCGCCGGUGCAUUUAGUGGCCAGAAGAGGGCAGCAGAGCACACGCAAAGUCCUCCUCCCAGCUCCCACAGCCUCUGGCCCACACCACAGUGCCCGUCUGACUUAAUUCUCUGGGAAUUAACCAUUGCAAGGGGCCCCCAGAGGUCUCUCUCUCUCUCUCUCUCUCUCUCUCUCUCUCUCUCUCUCUCUCUCUCUCUCUCUCUCUCUCUCUCUCGGUGGUGAGGUUUGAAUUUGGCCGCACACAUGCUACGUGAGCGCUCCACCACUGAGCCACACCCCCUGCCUCCAGAGAUACUGUAAAACUUCAUUAUUUCUCAAAAUUAGUAUUGGGACCGCCCUCUUUUUUUAAAAAAAAAAAAUCACACAUGCCUCCAAUGUUGUCUUAAGUAGUUUUUGGCUUUGUAAUAAAGGUACUGAGACAUGGAUAAACGUGGAACCCUGUGAGUUUGGAUGCUGACAGCUCUUGUGCGGGAUGAGCAGAAAUCGAAUUCCAAUCUAGUGUGAACACAUCUACAGACAGCAUCAUGGAAAGCAAGGGGCAAGUCCCAUCUCAGCCACUGUGACGUCCAGCUGUCCUGUGGAUGUCCUAUUGCCUCUCCUUCCUGGCUUGUGCCUGCUGAGAUGGUAUUGUUGCUUGUGACUGUUAAAUUCACGUUCAAAGGCAGACGCUGAAAUUACGUGUUAAGACUUAGUUUUUAGGUGGCAGACGAUCCAGAGAAUCUCUUUUGGCAGAGAAUUCUCAAACAGCAAAAAUGCGAGCCUGGAGCCCCUGUGAGAAACUUCUCUCCCAAUCUCUGUUCUUUAUACAAAAUCUUUGUAUGUGGUGCUGAGGAUUGAACUCGGGCUGCAUGCAUGUGGCUUGAGCCACAUCCCCAGCCCAUUCUCUGUUCUUUACAGAUGAGCAAACUGGGGCUCAGAGAGGGGAGUGGACAAGGUCACACAGCCACGGGCACGGUAGCUGAGGACCCUGGCUCUCAGGCUGCACAGCAAUUUCUGCUGUCAUUCCCUUGGGCAGCCAGGAUGGACUUGGCCCUGGGAGGGGAACCUGGACACGGACCUUCUGAGGGUCAGCUGUCCCAGCUUGGGCACUUUCUUCAGGUUCCAGCAGCUAUUUUCCAAAGCAUAGAAAGUGGAAGACCACUGGCUUGACCCAGUCAGGGGAAGACCCCAGCUAAGGCUGCCCCUGGAGAGGCCAGACCCCUCCAGGUGUCAGGUCUGGCAAGAAGGCCCAACCGCAGCUCUGGGGCCUUUUUUCCUGAUUCUGCUCUCUUGCCGGGCCCUUUAGGUAUUACCUUGCUGCAGCCAUCACUGGGGUCUUGGUGGAAAAGGACCCUUCCUCCUCCCAAUCCAGGGCAGGCUUGUAACUUGAGGUCUACUAAUUGCCUGGGGCUCGUGGUUGGAGUUCAGAGGGUCUGAGAACUUGGAGGGGAAGAAGCUGUGUCUUUCUAGUGCUGCCAAGGUUAGACCUUCCCUCAGGCACACCAGCUGGUGGCCAACCUGCGAGUUAGCCACGCCUGGCACUUGUCAUCUAUGGAACUCACUGGUGUUUCUAGGUGACAUUCAAGCAGUUAUAAGUAUCCCGGCUUAUCACUAACACUCUUGGAUACUUUGAAAUAUUAUUAGACACAACACAAUGUUAUUUAUCAAUAAAAGGUGCAUUUCUAUAUUGUGUUUUAAAA